AUGUCUGAAGUAAUACAAAAAAGGAAAACAAAAAUAAUAAAUGUUCUACAAAACCCUGAGCUAAUGAAACUCAUAGAAGACCCAUCAAAUCUGGGCAUUUCUUUACAUUUUCCAAUCAGUUCAUUAUUAAAAAGUAAUAAAUGCACACCAAUGCCCAUGCUUUCCACGUAUAGUUUGGCUAGCUGCGGCUUUAAGGAUUGGCGCGCGGACAUCCCUUUGAAUAUUCCUCUAAAUGUUGAUAUCAUCGACUUUUAUUGGGAUGUCAUCUUAUGCAUGGAAUCUCAAUUCAUAUUGAAUUUCAAUUCUCUAAUGAAAGACAAACACAGCAAACAAAAAUCCGUUGCUAAAAUGCUGAAAAAAAAGCUAGUAGACGAUAUGAAAAUUACAUUGAAAAGGCUAAUAUAUAAUGAAAAUACUAAAAGGCACAACAACAACAAUAAUAACAACGGUCACAAUUGGAGAAAUAUAGGGUCACAGUACUUCAUUCUCUAUCUUCCUUUAUUUUCGCAAGAAUUGAUUUGGUGUAAAUUGAAUGAAAAGUACUUCCAUGUUGUAUUACCAUCUUUGCUAAAAGAUAAGAGUAUUAUUGAUAGCCACAGUAACUAUAUAAACAAAGAUUGGCUACUUGCUCUUUUAGAGCUGACCUCCAGCCUAGAUCAGAAUUUAAAAUUCGAAUACAUGAAAUUGAGACUGUAUAUUUUAAGGGAUGAUUUAAUCAAUAAUGGGUUGGAUCUUUUAAAAAAUCUUAACUGGGUCGGUGGAAAACUGAUCAAAAAUGAAGACAGAGAAAUUUUGUUGAAUUCUAGCGAUAUUUCAACAGAUUCUAUUUCUCAUUUAUUGGGUGAUGAGAAUUUUGUAAUCUUGGAAUUUGAAUGCUAA